CUGUUUUUUCUUGACGUCACGGGGCAAGACACUUCCGCAUUCCGCGUGCUGUACUUAAGCGCGCUGAUGCAACAAGACUCGAGAUCUUUCAGACAAGGAAGGAGUCGAGAGCGGCGUCGAGAACACGGAUUAUUAUCAACACAAACACGAGUGAUGAUGCCGACUCUGUCUCCGUUUGCGGGUUUUCCUGCCUCCACGCUGAGCGAGCAGCUCAAACUGGCCGGGAUUUUAAGCCUGCAGGCCACCAUGACCCCCAGCGAGCUCGCACACCCGGGCAAGAGACCACUCAGCCUUCUGCAGAGCGAGAUGGCUGAUGAGGAAGAGCGGAGGAAGAGGAGGAGAGAGAAGAAUAAAGUCGCAGCGGCACGUUGUCGCAACAAGAAGAAGGAGAGAACCGACUUCCUCCAGAAAGAGUCGGAGCGGUUGGAGGUAGUAAACACCGAGCUGAAGUCUCAGAUCGAGGAACUGAAGCAGGAACGUCAGCGUCUCAUCCACAUGCUCAACCGCCACCGUCCCACCUGCAUCGUCCGCAGGGACAGUGUCCAGUCCCCCGAGAGCGAGAAGAACCCGCUGCUGGAGCACAUCUCGGCUUCGUGAGGCGCUCUGGAGACCUGAGGAGGACGGAGUGGAGAUUUCACCCUCAAACCAGAUCACUUCUUGCGUUUGUGGAAUUUCUAGAGACUAGACACUCUCUGGAAGCUAGUAGUUUUGUCCUGAAAAGCAGAAAGUUGCCCAAGUAACACAAAGUCUUGCCUAUCAGAGCUGAAUAAGUUAGAGACUUUGAGGUGGACAUGAGGAUAUUGGGAGGAUUUUUUUUUGUUUGUUUUUUUUUUAAAAAACCUCAAACCAAUCUGCUUUCAAUUCCAAAAUCAGAUCCACUUCCUGCUUUUGUGGAGUUCCUGAUUAGUUCCUGAUUAGUUCCUCACACCGAGACCCACAUGAGGCGGAGACGAGACUAAGACGAGCUGGACGUGUGAACUCUUUUUAUUUUAUUGCUCAAUCUCAAUCCUUGAUUUCUGUUUUGUUUUGCUGACCACUUCUUGAUUUUUGAGCAUUGACUUCCUGUUGGCAUCCUGUGAAACAGGAAGUCACAGAAGUAGCAGUAGGUCUUGCCAGGAAGCAUUUAACCGAACAAUUAUACGAUAUAUUGUUAUCGUGGACGUUUCAGAACAUCACUACUUUCUCGCGAGGAAGUGAGCGUUCUCGGUCAUAAACAAAAUGGCUGAUUGAACGGUCAGUGCUCGUAACGAGAAGAUAUUUAUUACUGUGGUUCUAUUUAGCAUGAUUUGGGUUGCAGCCACAUGCUAGUUAGCAUGCUAAUCUGAAAACCUUCACUGUGGGUUCUCAGUGUUUGGGUCGCUAACUGAUGACGUCCCAGUCACAUCACUGCAUUAAGGUACAAAACUCUGAACAGCCACCAGAUGGCGCCGUUGAUGAUGCUGUACGCGCGCUGAAUAUUUUUGUGUUUUGAAAAUGAACAGAGGUUAAAAGGUCAGAUUUAUAAUAUUUAUAAUUUGGUUUGUGUUUAAAAAUUAUACACAAGCAGAUUUUUAUUUAAAGAGUUAAAUUAAUAUUUAUUAAACUCAAAACUUUAUAAUACAGCAAUUUAAUAAUAAUAAUAAUAAUAAUAAUAAUAAUGAUGAUGAUGAUGAUGAUGAUGAUGAUGUAACUUCAUCACCCCCUGGUGGCAGGAAAUGGCAUCACGCUCAUCAAUCCAGUUGAAUUCAUGCAGAACAUUUUAAUAAACGACAUUAUCGCUGCUUUAUCAUCCUUUAAUUCAGUAGAGUGACGCCUCUGUCGUCUCUGAUACUGAACUCCGGUGUGUUUACUGUAAUAUUUGUAUUAUACAUGUAUGUUUUUAUGUGAUGUAUCCUGUAUUUAGUGAUAUCAAAUGCUACAUGAAACACUUUACAUUCACUUGAUGUGAUAUUAUAUUCUACUUUUUUAUAUUCUACCAUGCUGAUGUGCGGAGAUCUGCUGUGCGGAGUCUCUCACGUCUGUUACACAAUGUCUUUUGUUACGUUUUGAGAGUAAUACAGAAAUACAACAAACUUGUGUGCGGUUGAUUGAUUUCACACAUGCAUGAAAGCUUUUUUUUUUUUUUGCAUUAUUUGAUCUAAAUAAACUAUAAGAGUAUAUAA